AUGUUACAGAUUACCGAAGAAGAGAAAAGACUGUGGGACAGUGAGGAGAGCAUCAGAGAGGCACUUGUUGUAUUCAAGGGAAGUGCUGACAUAGGUUAUACCAAUGAAAAUAUCACAAGCCUCAGGGUACAUCAGUCAAGCCAAAAAAAUGGAAUAGCCUUUGGCUCGUGCAUAGCGGCUUCUGCCGAAAUCACAAUGAUAAUCCCAAAAUCUGUCAAUACAAUAUUAAAUGGCCAGCCGAUUGAAAUAAAAGCAAUGGCUAGGCCAAGAGACAACACUCAAGGUACUUACAGAUAUUUAGAUAUAUUUUCCGGAUAUAUAGGCCAAUUGGAAAUUAAAGACAUAGGAGACCAGUGUUCGUUAAAAAUAGUUGCCUAUGAUUGGCUUACCAAAGGACGUAGUAUAGAUGCUACGUCCUUUUUGUAUACUCAUGCAGAUUGCAAUUUCACAACAUUUAUGGAUGACUUUUUCAGUCAUUUUGGACUUGAAAAAGGAAAUGUUAAUUGGGGACUGCCAGUAGAACUGACAAUGGCAGCAGAUCCUAACCAUGUGGACUAUAUAUCAGCUACACAAUUGCUGGAAUAUGCUUGUGAACUUAACGGAUGCGCAGGAAGAAUUGAUCCGGACGGAAAGUUUGAGACUGUAUACAUCAAUCAAAAUCCAAACAUUGUUCACACAUAUUCCGUAUAUGAGUCAUUUGACAAUAGCGAUGCACUUGAAAAAUAUGAUGGAGUUAUCAUCACCAACACAGAUGAUCUUGAUUAUGUGACGUCUGAGGCUGACGAUGUUGUUUGUGGUGUUAGACACUAUGGAGCCUGCACGCAUCCAUAUAUUGUUCAGGCAAAUGCCUUUGCCAAUGGAUGGACCAUCAGAAAAACUGCCAGUGCUGAGGUGCUGUAUAACGCAAUUAAAGAUUUAACGCAUACACCAUUCACCGCAAGGCAUUAUUCAUUGCCCUAUGUACAGUGUGGUGACUAUGUAGCCUAUACGAAUCCAUACAAUCCCAAUGUAUCAGAGAUUGUACUUGUCCUGGAAAGAACAUUCGACCUAUUUAUGGACGAAUUUAGAGCUGACACAAUUAAAAAGGUCAGUGGCAAUGCGACAAAAAGUCCUGAAACCAUUAUGGCAAUUACCAAUAACAAAGUCGCUAUGGCCGGAGGCGGAGGUGGAGUCACCCCAGCCGACCUCGAAAAGAAAAUGGAUAAGGCAAACCCCGAGGGUAAUGGUUCAUUCUCAAUGAAUAGGAAAUGGGGAACUACAGUAGGAAACAUCUCAACUACUUUGGGCUUUAAUGGAACAGCAACCGGAGCUAAGUCUUUUGCGGAAGGAGACGGAACCACCGCAAAAGGCACAGGUUCCCAUGCAAUGGGAACUGAUACAGUCGCCGAAGGCAAUUACUCAUUAGCGCAAGGAGGCAGCACAAAAGCAAAAGGAGCAUACUCUUUUGCAGGUGGAUAUUCAACAGAAGCCCCAUACUCAUCAAUGAUGGCAAUAGGUAAGUAUAAUGCGCCGAAUGAAGGAGAUUUGUUCGAGGUGGGCAAUGGUACUUAUUCGGGAAAGAAAAAUGCCUUUGCUGUCAAUGAGAAUGGAACAGCCACAGCGCAGACGGACUUUGUUGCUGGUUCCCACAAGCUGACCGAGAAGUGCUCCAAGACUGAAGUACAACAGAUUGUAGCAACCGAAGUAUCAAAGCUGACCUUCCUGGAAAAGAGAAUUGCUACACAGAGUGAGAUUGACGAAUAUAUUGCAGAUCCUACAAAGGCAAGCUUUACAGUUAUCUAUCUGCUUAAGGAUGCCAGUGCUAAAGGAUCUGACAAAUAUUACGAGUAUCAAAGAAUCGGUGAUGACACCACAAGCGAAUUUGUUAUGACCGGAGACACAUCCACAGACUUAACAGAUUACGCAAAGAAAACGGAAUUGCCCACUAAGACCAGUGACCUUACAAAUGACGGAGACGGCACAAAGCCUUUCCUCACAGAGCAUCAGUCCUUAGUAGAUUAUGCAAAAAAGACAGAUGUGCCUACUAAGACAUCUGGUGUACAUAUUGCGGAUAUUUCGGUAGGUGGCACAAAGACGGAGCUUUAUGCGCCACAGGGAGGCGGAAGCGACCUUCCAUUGUCAGUAGUAGACGGAAUGCUAUGCAUUACUUUCGAGGAGGAUUAA